AUGGCGGCCGCCGGGGCGUCGAAGGACAAGAGCGAGCCGGCGAGGCCCCUCGCGGUGCCUUCCCCGACGGUCUACCCGGCGUCGUCGGCCCACGACGCGCGGUCCACGCCGUACCUCCGCAAGCGGCGGUGCGCGCUCUGCUGCGGCGGCUGCUGCGUGACCACCAUCGUGGUCAUCGGCGUCAUCAUCCUGGUGCUCGCGCUCACCGUGUUCAAGGUCAAGGAGCCGCGCCUGACCGUGAACAACGUCUGGCUCACGGCCAUCAGCGCCGGGAUCGGGACCGGGACGAUCCCCGCGCCCGUGGCCACCAACGCCACGCUCACCGCCGACGUCUCCAUCAAGAACCCCAACGCCGCGGCGUUCAAGUUCUCGCAGACGGAGACGGACGUCUACUACAGGGGGCAGACGGUGAGCGUGGCGUACGCGCCCGCCGGCCGCGUGGGCGCCCACGGGAGCGUCCGGAUGAACGUCACGGUCGACCUCCUCGCCGACCGCCUCGCGCGCGUGAUGAACGGCACCGGCCUGGUGUUCGGCCAGGAGUACGACCUCGACACCUACACGGAGAUCAACGGGACGGUCAAUGUGCUGGGGAUCAUCAAGAAGGACAUCGAGAUCAAGCUGUACUGCUCCCUCGUCGUCGAGGUUGGGGGAGCGGCUGCCGCGCUGGAGUAUGGGGUUGCGUCCACCGUGCAGAGCAAGAGCGUCAAUUGUUCAGCAGAUGUGACCAUGUGA